AUGUCCCGUUUUUUUGCCACAUCUUAUGAUUACGAUAGUGGAAGUUCUUCUUCUGAAGAAGAAUUAUUGUCCGCUUCUGAGGAAUCUUUAUUAAGUUCGUCAUCUGAAGAAGAAAUUGCUGAAUCGUCAGACGAUUCUGAGUUCUUUAAUGACGAAGAGGAAAGCGAAAGUGAUUUCGACAGUGAUGAUUCCGACGCAAAGCCAUACGGUCCAGAUUGGUUCAAGAAACAAGAGUUCAGAAAAGGUCCUGCUAAUAAAUUCCUGAAGAGAAGAAAUGCUGGUCUUUCGUCGGAUGAUGAUUUCUCAGAUGAUGAGUCGAACAAAAAAGUUGUCAAAUCUGCUAAGGAAAAAUUGUUAGACGAACUAAGAGCUUCUUCCAGCAAAAUCGACAUCGCUGAGUUGACUAACGACUGGUCUAUCAUCCUAAAUGAAUUUGAUACUGUGGCAAAGUUGAUUGUUAGAUCAAAACAACAGAAUUUCGGUACUCCAAAUAUUUACGUUAAAAUUAUUGCUCAAAUUACAGACGCUGUUAAUAACGCCGAAUCGACUGAGUUUGAAAAUAAAAUUACAGCAAAGGCUUUUAAUACCACCAAACAAAGAGUUAAAAAAUCGGCUAGAGAAAUUGAAGAUUUAUUGACUAAAUAUAAAGAAGAUCCAGAUUCUUUCGAAAAUGAAUUAGACCAAGACAUUAAAGGUCAAUCUUCAUUCAACACUCCAGAAUUAGACAACUUCGUUAUCAACGCUAAGAAACCAGGUGCUUUGUCAUCCAUUGUCACCGCUUCCGUCGAAGCCGGUUUCUUCCCAUCAUUGCAAAUUGUCCUUGAAUCAAGAGGUAAGAAGAACGUCGACCAAACUCAAUUAAUUGAAUCAAUGGAACAUUUAUUAUCCAUUGCAAGUACCACCUACGAAAAGAUUGUUGCUUAUUUGACUUUGAUCCCAAUCAGAUUCGAUGCAUCAAGCAACUUCUCUUACCAGCCACUUGAAAGUUGGAAGAAAUCUUUCAAUGAUAUCGAGUCAUUAUUAUAUUUGUUAGAUGAGAACUUAGAUAAAUUCGCCGUCACAGAAUUCACUUCUGUAAACGAUUCUAUUGAAACUCAACCAGAAGCUAACGCUGAAGGUGUUGUUCAAGUUUUAGGUUCAUUAUUCUCUUUCGUUGAAAGAUUAGAUGAUGAAUUCAACAAGUCUUUAUUAAACACUGACCCACACUCCAGUGAUUACUUGCAACGUUUGAAGGAUGAACAACAUGUUUAUAACUUAAUCUUAAAGAUCCAAGUUUACUUUGAAAAAACUUUAACUGCAAAGACUGAUGAAGAAAAAGAAGCUUACUUAGCUAGAGUUUUUGUUAGAAGAUUAGACCACAUCUACUAUAAAGCUAAUUCAUUAAUUGCUGUCAUGGAAUCAAAGGCAUGGGACUAUGUUCCAAAGGUUUACGAUUCAAAGUAUGUUAAAUUUGAAGGUGAAGCCACUAAUGCAUACUUAUCUUCUUUGAUCAAGACUCUAUCUGAAAGUUUAACUAAACAAGAAGGUAGUAACACUUCCUUAUCAAAGCGUGGUGUUUUAUACCAAGUUUACUACACUGCAUUAAACGAAGAGUUCUCUUCUGCUAAAGAAAUGUUAUUAGAAUCAAAGAUUCAAUCCUUUAUUAACAAAUCUGACCCAUCAUUACAAAUUUUAUUCAAUAGAGUUGUGGUGCAGUUAGGUUUAUCUGCAUUCAAAAAUUGGUCUAUCGAAGAAUGUCACCAAAUUUUAAAUGAUUUAUUAGCUGCUUCUCAUUUAAGAGAAAUUUUGGGUCAACAAUCUUUACAAAGAAUGGCAUCAACUGGUAAUUCCACUACUGCUGACGAUCGUGAGAAAUUAUGUUUACCAUUCCAUGAACAUAUUAACAUUGAUUUAAUCGAUGUUGUUUUCUUAACUUGUUCUUUGUUGAUUGAAAUUCCACAAAUGACUGCUUUCUACUCUGGUAUUAAGAUAAAGAAAAUUCCAUUUUCCCAGAAAUCUAUUCGUAGAUCUUUAGAGCAUUACGAUAAAUCUAGUUUACAAGGUCCACCUGAAACGUCCAGAGAUUAUAUUUUGAACGCUGCCAAGGCCAUGCAAAGGGGUUCCUGGAAAGAGUCUUUUGAAUACUUGAACUCCAUCAAGGCUUGGAAAUUACUGCCAAACUCUGAACAGGUUCUAAAAUCAUUGGCUGCUAGUGUUCAAGUUGAAUCUUUAAAGACAUACUUUUUCACCAACAAAAGAUUCUACAAUGAAAUAUCAAUCGAAAAAUUAUCAAACUUAUUUGAUCUAAGUUCCGAAAAGGUUGCCGAAACUUUACAACAGGUCAUUGAUGAAUACAGUAUCGAAGCUUCUAUUGACGAAGAAAAGACCUUAAUCACCAUCAACAAGUGUGAUGAAAUCACCAAAUUAGAAGAGGUUGCCUCUAAAUUAAAUAAAGAAAUUAAAAUUGCUAAAGAACACCUACGUCCAAACCGUGGUCGUCGUUAG